AUGCAUGGCAAAGGGGAACGGGAAGAUGGAAACCAAAGCUCCUUGGGGGAAUUCAUCCUGCUAGGGGUGUCUGACCGGCCGCAGUUGGAGCUGCUGCUCUUUGUGCUCAUCUUAAUCUGCUACACCAUGACCUUGCUUGGAAACACCACCAUCAUCGUGGUCUCCUGGCGAGACCCCCAUCUCCACACGCCCAUGUAUUUCUUCCUCAGCAACCUCUCUUUCCUGGACCUCUGCUACACCACCAGCAUUGGCCCCCAGAUGCUGGUGAACUUCCGCAGCACCCGAAAAUCCAUCUCCUGGGCUGGCUGUGUGGCCCAGCUCUACAUCUCCCUCUCUCUGGGCGGCACCGAGUGCCUCCUGCUGGCCGUCAUGGCCUACGACCGCUAUACUGCCAUCUGCCAGCCUCUGCACUACACAAUCAUCAUGAGUCGCCACCUCUGCCUGCAGCUGGCAGCCACCUCCUGGUUGUGUGGCUUCGUCAACUCCAUCCUGCAGACCAUCCUGACGCUGCAGCUGCCCCGGUGUGGGCGGAACCAAAUCGAGCACUUCUUCUGCGAGGUACCGGCCCUGCUCAAGCUGGCCUGUGUCGAUACCUCUGCCUAUGAGGCCGAGCUCCUCGCCAGCUCGGUGAUUUUCCUGCUGGUUCCACUGGGCAUCAUCCUGGUCUCCUACGGCUACAUCAGCACCGCCGUGCUGAGGAUUCACUCGGCCCAGGGCAGGCUCAAGGCCUUCAACACUUGUACCUCCCACUUGGCCGUGGUGUCACUCUUCUAUGGCACGGCCAUUUCUACGUAUCUACAGCCUCCAUCCAGCUACUCUCAGGCCCGAGGUAAGAUGGUCUCUCUCUUCUACACCAUGGUGACCCCCAUGCUCAACCCCCUCAUCUACACACUGAGGAACAAGGAGGUGCACAGGGCCCUGUGGAGGGCACUGGGGAGAAAUGUGACAGCCCAGGGACCUGAAGAAGAUCAUGUGGAUUUUGUGGAAGAGUAUCUCAAAGUCCAGGCCAGAUCCACAGUGAAGUUCAUGGCAACAGCUGACAAGCCAGAUGUAGAGAAGACAUUUCAGCUUCUCUUAGAGGUGUAUGGAGACAAAGUGCCCAUUGGAACCAGACGUAAGGAAUUCUAUGAGCUGACACAGAAUCCAGGUGGGACCAUUUGGGCCUACUCAUAUGAGCUCCAGGAGAGAAUGAGCCAGGUUUUCCAGCAGUCGCCUUUCUUGGGUGGCGAAUCAGUGAAGAACGAACUAUGA